AAAUAAAAAGCGCUAGGGUUUUAGUUUGUGUUAUUCACUGUGUGUCAUAACCAUCAGCCGCACAGCAGCCACUCAACACAGGUAAAAAGAAAGAUGUCGCACAGGAAGUUUGAGCACCCAAGACAUGGUUCCCUUGGAUUUCUUCCAAGAAAGCGUGCUGCUCGCCACAGAGGCAAAGUGAAGGCCUUCCCCAAGGAUGACCCAACUAAGCCUUGCAAGCUUACUGCUUUUUUGGGUUACAAGGCUGGGAUGACCCACAUUGUCAGAGAAGUCGAGAAGCCUGGAUCUAAGCUUCACAAGAAGGAGACAUGUGAGGCAGUUACCAUCAUUGAGACCCCUCCCAUGGUGGUUGUUGGUGUCGUGGCUUACGUCAAGACUCCACGUGGUCUUCGAUCUUUGAACACUGUCUGGGCUCAACAUUUGAGUGAAGACAUUAAGAGGAGGUUCUACAAGAACUGGUGCAAGUCCAAGAAGAAGGCAUUUGCCAAGUAUUCCAAGAAGUUUGAAACUGAAGAGGGCAAGAAGGAUAUCCAGUCCCAAUUGGAGAAAAUGAAGAAGUACGGAACAGUUAUCAGGGUCUUGGCUCACACCCAGAUUAGGAAGAUGAAGGGAUUGAAACAAAAGAAAGCGCACCUUAUGGAGAUCCAGGUGAACGGUGGAUCAAUUGCCCAGAAGGUCGACUUUGCUUAUGGCUUCUUUGAGAAGCAGAUUCCAAUUGAUGCUGUUUUCCAGAAGGAUGAAAUGAUUGACAUUAUUGGUGUAACCAAGGGUAAGGGUUAUGAAGGUGUUGUGACACGUUGGGGUGUUACUCGUCUUCCCCGUAAGACUCACAGGGGUCUGCGUAAGGUUGCUUGUAUUGGAGCAUGGCAUCCUGCUAGAGUUUCCUACACUGUUGCCAGAGCUGGUCAGAAUGGAUACCAUCACCGAACUGAAAUGAACAAGAAGAUCUACAAGCUUGGAAAGACUGGUCAGGAGUCUCACACUGCCCUUACUGAGUUUGACAGGACUGAGAAGGAUAUAACUCCAAUGGGUGGUUUCCCUCACUAUGGUGUGGUGAAGGAUGACUACUUGUUGAUCAAGGGUUGUUGUGUUGGCCCAAAGAAGAGGGUGGUGACUCUUCGUCAGUCAUUGCUUGCUCAGACAUCCCGUUUGGCUCUUGAGGACAUUAAGCUCAAGUUCAUUGAUACAUCUUCCAAAUUUGGGCAUGGUCGUUUCCAGACUGCCGAUGAGAAGCUCAAGUUUUACAAUCGUGUCAAGGCUUGAAAAGGGUAACCAGAUGCAAGCGAAUUAUCGUUAUGUUAGCCUAAGUUUGUUUCAAGUACUAUUUUAUGUUUGAAAAGAAUCUAGUUUUGGUUGGAGUUUUGAUAAUGAUCUUGAACAUUGAUAUGUUUUUGUUUUUAUAUCAUCGGCAUCUUUGAAACAAA